AUGGCGACAAAGGCGGGGUCGGUCCGCAGCCCAAGCAGACCGUCGCCAGGGCUCGAUAUCUUCAGAACGCCAGAGAAUCCGACGUUCUAUUCAGCGAAUCUGUACGAGAGCCUCGACACAAGCAAGCGAGAAAUUCGACUCAUCGAACUUUCUACACAAACUGGACGCGGUAUACUCGAGUGCAAGUUACUACCUGCGACAUUAUUAGCCGACGCACGAAAACAGUAUCUUGCUUUAUCAUAUUGCGCAGGAGAGCCGACAGAAACAAAGGACAUCUUGGUGAACGGGGUAAGAUGCAACAUCUUUGCGAACUUACAUCACGCACUGGUACUCGCUCGCCGUUAUUGGAUUCGAUCCUCUAGCCAAGGUCCACCUCGACUUUGGAUCGAUCAGUUAUGCAUCAAUCAGCACGAUUUAAGAGAGAGGUCACACCAAGUCGGCUUCAUGAGGGACAUCUAUCAGGGCGCAGAACGCACACUGGCUUGCUUAUCGACAUCAAAAACUAAUGGGAGGGGAAUGAAGUGGCUGAUCGACCUGUGCGACGCCGUUCCUUCACAAGAAGACGAUGGACCAUUCCAAUACGACAGAGAAGACGAAAUAGGUAUUGAUGGCGAGGCUGAAUCAGAAGACGGUGCCCGGGAAAGUGACGAACUGUCCGACACCUCUGACUCGGAGCGUCUUAGAGGUCACAGACAGCAAUGGUUUCGCAUAAGGGACUAUCUCUGGGACAGCAUGCACACCGAGAAGUUUGUCAAUGGAUGGAUUGCAUUCUAUGAUGUUCUGACCAGCCCAUGGUGGAACCGAGCUUGGAUCUGCCAGGAAUUCCUGGUAUCCGGCCAGAUCACCUUCAUGUUCGGCAGCCAUUUCGUCUCAUGGGAACAGUGCUGGAGAACCAUGCAAGCCUUUUGCGGAACACACAGACACGACCUGAUAAAUCGGAAUCUCUUUCUGGAGCUCCGAAACCUCUCGGAAGGCUGUCCUGAGGAUCACCAACUUUGCCGCAUCCUCGACAUCGUCAACCAAAGAGACCUGAACCGUCAAGUCGACCACGUGGGCAUGGCCUUGAAAAUGAAGAUGCGUUGGAGUGGCACCAUGGACAUAAAGGCUCUUCUAUCACAUUCGCGAUCUUGUAGGUCUUCCGAUGAUCGUGAUCGGGUAUAUGCCAUCGCCGGGUUAGCUUCGCCGGGUUAUCAGAUCUUCCCCGACUAUUCACACGACAUGACCGCAGCCCAAGUCAUGAUUAUGACUACCAAGGCAAUCAUAGACAAGGAAAACAGCUUGUAUAUCCUAGUACAAGCUACUACAUUAGUUAGAUCUAGGAAUCUCGACGUGCCUUCAUGGGUCGUCGACUGGACCAGUACUGAAGCCUCGGAUAUUCGAAAUAACCAUUUCGGGAACAGGCUGCUCUACAUCCUGAGCUGGAUACCCCAAGAAUCUCCAGAACAUACUUUUGAAACCAUCACAGACACGAUCCAGCAGACACAAGCACACAUACUAAGGGUUUAUGGAACAUUCAUCACAAUCAUCACAAAAAUAUGGCUAGACACAAGGGAAUGGCCGUUUGCGGACUUUUAUGGCGCCGGGGGAUGGCAAGGCGGAGCCCUUGCUUCAAUCACCGACGGAGAUGAAAUAUGGAUCUUAUACGGGCUUAGAGUACCCAUUGUCCUGCGGCCAUAUCGUGAUGGGUACCAGGUCGUUAGCUGUGCCUUUCUCAUAGGACAGCAGGGUAAGGGUUUUGGAGCACCUGUAAUAUCCACUGAAGAGGGUAGGGCUAAUAGGAGUCGCAUAGCAUUGUACUAG